AAACUGAUAGUACCUCGUUUGGGAGUAGUUUUUCGCGUAAAUAUUUCCUGCUUGCGCAGCAGGUGAUCGGAAGUGUUGUUAGGCAUCUAUCCCAAGGUGGCAAUAUUCUAUAUUUGUGUGACAUUUCCGCAAAUAGACACGCAGGCAUAGUACAAUGAUGCACAGUGUCUCUUGUCUUCAUUGAAAUGCAGUUUUCUGUUCUGAUGCAUGAACACCCUAAGGAAUUGGAAGUAAAGUGUGUUGUUUAGACCAAACUGGAGUUGAGUUACCAUCUGUCUUGGACAGAAAAUAAUCGAACUCGUGUGAGUUGUUGGCGUUUGUCGUCAUUAAAGUAACAAUCGUCAUGAGCUUCUUUAAGAAACUGUUUUCCGGAGAUGACAAGGAAAAGGCAGCGCAGUCUCAGGUUGCCAGUGCUACCCCACCCCCUGGGAUGCAAACCAUGGGUGUCAGCCUGCAAAGAAAAUUUGCAAAAGGAGUGCAGUAUAACAUGAAAAUCAUCAUCAAGGGAGACAGGAACGUUGGAAAAACAUGUUUGUUUUAUCGAUUACAAGGCCAGAAAUUCAAAGAGGAAUAUAUCCCCACCGAUGAAAUACAGGUUGCAAGCAUUCAGUGGAAUUACAAGAACACAGAUGAUGUGGUGAAAGUGGAGGUUUGGGAUGUGGUUGAUAAAGGAAAGAAGAAGAAAAAGUCUGAUGGAUUGAAGUUGGACAAUGUAGUCGAAGAGGAGGAACCCAGUGAGCCGUGUUUGGAUGCUCAGUUUGUGGAUGUUUACAAAGGAACACAUGGUGUUAUUUUGAUGCUGGAUAUCACAAAGCAAUGGACAUUUGAUUACAUUGAGAGAGAGCUGCCCAAAGUUCCCCACACCAUUCCAGUGUUAAUUAUGUCCAACCACAGAGAUAUGGGCCAUCACAGAACAGUGUUGGACGAAAAGAUAAAGUACCUCAUCGAGGAAGUUCAGGAAAACAGACCUGACAACUCGGCACCCAUUCGGUGUAUGGAAUCAUCCAUGAGGAAUGGAUUUGGUCUUAAAUAUGUUCAUAAAUUCUUCAAUUUGCCCUUCCUGCAGUUACAGAAAGAGACGCUACUGAAACAGUUAGAGAUCAAUGUACAGGAGUUCAGUGCUGUACUGGAAGAGUUAGAUAUACAGGAAGAGUCUGAAGAACAGAACUAUGACAUGUUUAUUGAGGGUGUAUCAGAGAAAAGAAGAGCCCAGCAGGAAAAACUUGCAGUAAAAGCCAUUGAGGAAGCAAAGAAGAAAGAGGAAGCAGAAAAAGCAGCACAGGCAGCUCUGCAGGAACAGGCAGAACACGCAAAAGGUAAUGUGAUGCCAAAGUCAAUUUCCCACCCAAAUCUCCCAGUGAGUCAGCAAGAGAAGCAGACGAUGUCCGUCUCCCCAUCAGCCAAUCAGUUAUCAGCAUCUCCACAACCACCUGCACCCUCUCUUCAGGCUCAGGAACAGAAGAGUGGAGGGUUCAUGUCCAGGUUCUUUGGCAACAAGGAUAAGCAGGAGAAACAGGAGAAACAGACAGGCUUAGUAAUACAGCCCAGUGGUCAACCUCAAGUAGGCAGUGUGGAGGACUUUGUACCAGAGGAAGGUCUUGAUGCAGAGUUUCUGGAGGACACCAAAGACUCCAAAGAUCUCAAGACUCAAAAGCGAGAGGACAACAGUGACAGUGAUGACAGUGGUGGCAAUCCCAUGGUGGCAGGUUUCCAAGAUGAACUGGACUCUGAAGAUGAAGAACCUCCAAAACCUGCAGCAGACUUCAGAGUGGCUCCUCAUGAUGAAGAGCCCUCUAGUGAGGAUGAAGAAACAACAGGAAAGCAAGCACAGGUGUUGGAGACAAAACCACGAAAAGUGGAAUUAUCCAGUGAUGAUGAUGACAAUUCAAAUCAACCAGGAAUCAUGUUAGAUGAGGAUUUGGACUCUCCUGAUGAAGCGCCAUCUAGUUCUGUGCUUAUUCCACAACCAGUUGCUCAAAAAGACGAAAAAACUGAAAUGAAGCAGUCUUCACUUGAAGAUAAAAAAUCUGUUACUAAAGAACAAAAGAGGUCCACGACUAGUAGUGAAAGUGACAGCAAAUCCAUUUCACAGAAAAAUAAAGUUAAAUCAAAAAAGAAAAAAAGUGCAAAGGAUGUUGAACUUACAGACUCCGAUGAAGAGCUUCCAGUUCAGACACAUGUCGAUCAACCCAGUGUACUUCAGGAGGACGUGGACACUGUUUCUAUUGAUAGUGAGGAGGAGAGGCUGGCUGCUAAUCAUGUGGCAAUAUUGGGUGACUUGGAUGUCAGUGAAGGGGACGAGGACUUGCAUCCUGUGAAGAAACCUGUGGUUGUGAUAGACACUGAGGAUAAAAAGGAGGUGCCACCAGUCGAACAGCGGUCUUCGCUUUUCUUUGAAGACCUCAGUAUACUGGAGAAAGGGUUAUCUGCAGGAUCAGUGUCUAGUAGCCGUCCGGAAACAGAGAAUGAAACACCAGAUACCACCAUUAAAACCAAGAAAAAGAAAAAGAAGAAAGACAAACAGGAGGAAGGAAAGCCUAAGAAAACAAAGUCCAAGAAGAGUAAAGCAAAGGAUGAGGGUCAGACACUGGAAGAAGAGACUAAAGAGAAGAAGAAGAAAAAGAAGAAGAAAAUAGAGAGCGAACCGAACGAAAUUGGCGAGACUAUGGAUGACCUUGAAGCAUUUCUUGGUGGAGGAGGAGGUUAUGAGUCACUCUGAUGAAUCAAAAUUUGAGAAGUGCACAAAAUAUGUUUGAAAUUUUGCUGACAAAGCUGUAAAACAUGGUCCUGUAUAUGUCACUCCUAAAAUUUUCUGAAUAAUAAAAAAAACUCGAUUGAUCUUAGCAUCUCAAAUAGCUGUUAAUUAUGGGCUUGUAUAUUCAUGACAUCCACAUAUCCUGGUACAGUUAGGCAUUUGUGAAGAUGAGUCAUUACAUAUGAAUAUUUCCAGAAUCAAAUAUGCUGACUAGUGUAUAUAAUUGCUUUAUGAAGGUUUCAUGUGGAUGAAGUGUUGGAAAUGCUUAUCUGUUUUUACGAAAAAAUUGUUUAAUGUGUGUUUAAAAAAGAUCUCACAAGGGUAGCAGUUUUAUUGGUGUGAUACUUUUACACAAAUUGGACAGUUUAGAAUAUUGUGAUAGUUAAGCAUAUGAUACAGUAUAUGUCUCUAGUAUAUAAACUAGAGAAUAGAUUAUAUGUUCAUAGAUGAUGGAGUAUAGAUACAUCAUACUCCAAGGAGUAAUUGCCAUGGAACUCCAUUUAUUGUUAUAUGAUAUAUAAAUUAUAUAAUUGUUUAACAGUUAUAAUUGUAACUUAGACAAGGCAAGGUGCUUUUGUCCAGCAAGGUUAGUUUGCCUUUUGUUAUCCAACUGCCAAUAUUAAGAUUUAUUUAUUUUGCCAGUUAUCUUUUAGGAAUUUGCCAGUAGCAUGCUAUCAAGAGCAUUAUUAUUAUUAUUAUUAUUAUUAUUAUUAUUUAAUGCCUGGUUUGGCCUUUGGCCUGUUUAAGCUUGGAUCAGAUGUUACUUUUCCAGGUGCUUAAGUAGGAUUUAAUAUUUCUCAACAAAUCCCACAAAUAUUGUCAUUUAGUUUCUUAAGACCGUAUACCUUUACACACAGGGUUUUACUAUGCUGUCGUUUUGAUUAAUCUAGGUCUUUGUUAUUAUGACCACUGUCAUAAUAACAAGCUGUUAGCAUUAGACGCAUGGAAGUGUGUAUUGUGAAUCAUGAUCUUUGUGCAUGUGCAUGAUCAAAAAAGUCCUACACAUUGGGCUAGUUGUAGUAGGGUAAUAUGACUAAUUAUUCACAGAACUGCAAGUUUUUGAAGUAGGAAGUCCAUUUCAGGUUGUGUGCUGUAGUGAAGCAAUGCAGCUAUAGAAAGUGUUAUCUCUUAAAGUGUCACUUCUCAGAUAUUAUUUAAUGUAACUAAAAGCCUCAUGAGUUUCAGAGUACUGAUGAGGAGACUUAAAUUUUCUUUUCAACUACCCAGUUUGAUUUUGCGGAUCACCCUUAGAUUCAGAGCACUGAUGGUUACUCACCACUCACCAUCCUUUGUUUAGCAUUACCUUAUGUAUGCUAAUAAAGAGAUAUGUGGGUUUCCAGUUAACCCCGAAAAUAUCAAGGUGGCUAUAAGGUUCCUUAGGGUGUUGUACUUUUUUUUUGUGAAAGCACACAUAUUGUUACCGUUUUUAAUUUGCUGCAAAAUCCUUGUUGAUGGCAAAAUUGUAAAUGAAUAAAUACUUUUUUUUUAAAUUUCGGGAAAGAAAUUCAGAUGGCAUUUCUACAGAAAGUUACUGAAUAGAAACGCUAUAUUUUAUGUAAUAUGAAAAUGAUUUAUUAAAUGCA